AAAGACUUUACAUUCAGAGAUAUCAACUGGUUCUCCCUAGCGAUACUCACUAGAACCCAUCAUGAUUGAAGGAAUAUUCUUUGCUCGUUUCCUUCCCCAGAAAGGUACCAAAGUCGUUCAUCAAAGUCCUCCAGGAUGUAUAGUCCCAGAACCUGAUGUAGAUAAACCACGUCUGUUCGACUUUGAAAAGCUGGCCGAAUAUAUCAUUCCCCGUCAAGCAUUUUGCAAUCGACAUGUUACAGUAUGUGAUCCCGAGAACAAACAUCGCAUUUUAGGCCAUCCGGUUUGUAUCAAAAACGAAAAAUAUGAACGCAAUGAAUUUAUGUUCAAUUUUUGCAUUGUGACUAGAGUUGAGGUGGAUAAGAUUCCUUAUGAAGCUGUGGUUAAACGUUUGGCAUCAACGUUUACGGAAAUGGAAAUUCAGAAUGAGUAUUUGAGUCAGGAGGGUACGUUUUCAUGCCAAGAUCGAAGGUCGAUAGCUGCGUUGUUGGAGAUCAUUAAGGAGGAUUUGAAUAAUUACAAUGAGUGCAUGAUUCCUGUCGAUGAUGCAAACACUAUUAAUAUGAAGCUUUUCCCCAUCCACAGACAUCCACCCCCUAUAAAGGCAUGGCACGUCCCAAUCUCGAAGAUUAAAUUUGCCGAAAUCGUCGACGAUACCUGGGAUCUCACCAUGAGGAAAGUAAUCGAGCACAUUGAUGGCAUCAAAGACGUCCGAAGAAUCGCUCACGACGCAAACGUUGCUAUGGAUCUUACCAAAAUAGCAUUACAGCAUCUUCUCUACUAUGAUUCCAUCCUUAUGCUCGAUAUUUUUCUCUUCAGCAACAUUUACGCGCCUACAUCUGAAAUGAAUGAUUUUGUAGCUGAUAAAGACGGUAUGCAAGAUGAAUGCGCAAAUUAUGUCUACAUCAAUGGUCCUCGCCUCACAAAUUUUCUACUCUGUCGACUCUUUACCACUCUUUGUACCUCAAGAACGCUCAAGGAAUGGCUCAAAUUACACAUGGAUCAAGGCCUCAACGUCCUCAAUUAUACCGACGUUCGUCGUUUCAUCCAAUUCGGUGUCAUAAAAGGCCUCAUUUAUCGCGUGCAUAGGUAUGCAGUUUCUUCCAUGUAUUUAUCAUCCAUUGCCUCUAGACAAGCAAUACAUAUGGAUAGAAGAGAUGACGCGCUGCGAAAGUAUACGGAUGGCUGCCAUUGUUUUGACCAAAUAACCACGGUACUAAAUAUUGGAGAGGCAAAAAUCAUGGAACGACUGCGCAAAUUUCCGAAGGGGGAUGUAGAGGUUAUUUAUCGAUGAUAUUUAUCGAUGAGACCGAGUUGAUAUCCCGACUCCCUCACAUUCAACAUACUAGCCGAAUAUCUCACGCGUGACCUGGUGGUCAUAACAUCUACUCAAGGCUCUGAGACAUUUCCUACGAAGUAGCCAUCCAUCCGAUGAUACAUCAAUCUGCCACAAGAAACGCGCAAAUCCCUCUCACAUUCCAAAAUGACCACCUUCACUCAGACGAUCUAGCAGAAAUCAGAGGAGGUUUCUAGCACAACCUUCCCACCCCUAGUAUCACACUUCACUACUGUUGAAUCGUCCAUAGUAUACAAGGAACGAAAGCAUCAUGAUAAAGCAUCACCGCCACAAACAACUAGUGCAUGAGUUUCAACUGCGCUAAAUCAUUAUCAACCCCUUCUUGUAUCAUUGUGUUCGACAACACGGGACAAGUUAUGCCUCAAUUCUAUACAGCGAUUGCCCAAGGACUUUCUUCGACACAGAAUCAGAAGACCUAUCUACAUUCAUCUACUGAUGUUUCGGCACGGGGUGAAGAUUGGUUAGACGAACACUCCACUCCGGGCGUUGAAAAGAAAAAGAGGGCCCUCUCCGAGGACAGCUAAAUGAGAUCGAGGAUACAGCUCUUCCACAUGAACUACGCAGGGGGCACACGCCCAGUAUUCAACGACAUCAAAUAUGUAAAUACCUCACAACUACUAUCAUUCUACUACACUCACUCCCCAAUCACGUCACCACCCAAGAAUCAUCAAAUAAUAAUAGCAAUAAUAAUAUCCUAUUCUAACCUAUCUCACCCUCUAACUACAACAAAUAACCCUCCCAACAAUGUAAUUGAUAAGAUCUAUCUAUAUCUACCUAGGUACCUACAUACCCAUCGAUAUCAAUCCCACCACCAAAAGGUCAACACAAAACACAACCUCAGGAGGAGCGAGCCCAGUUUCUUUUCAUCACAGUAUACAAAAUGAACGCAUAUAUACCUUGCACGAAAUUUAAGUAGCAAAUCCAAGUUUCCAUACCAAAAAAUGAAACAAAUCAAUUAGCCCAGUCCAGACUCCAGCAUGGUCCAGCACAGUACUCUGUACAGUCAUAUAUAACAAUAGCCGCGCGCCGAUAACCCCAUAUACCAACCAAUACCUAGCAUACCCAUCCAUCAAUUCUACAAGCAAACAAGCAAGCAAGCAAGUAAGCGCCGAUAGCCAUUGGCUUCGCGCAACAAUCCCAUCUUCAACCCCACUAGUUCCCAUAUCUUUUCUAUUUCAAGCCAUAACAAAAAAUAGAACCGAGCUACUCGUUCCUCAUUGGUUCAUCAUGUAACGUGAUGUGAUUG